AUGUUGGCAGAUAAUUUGAAUGAUGAUGAAUAUUGUCAAAUUUGUGGAGAUUUGGCGUCAGGAUGGCAUUGCGGAGCAAUAACAUGUGAAGCAUGCAAAAAAUUCUUUUUACGUUCAAUUUCAACAAGUGAUGAAAAGAAAAAAUACAAAUGUCAAAGAAAUUUAAACUGUUCAAUAACAAAACGUUCUCGAACACAAUGUCAAUAUUGUAGAUUACAAAAAUGUAUUUCUGUUGGAAUGAAAGCUCAUGAAACAAUUGCAUCAAAGACAGAAGAUUUAUAUAGAAGAUUACCAUGUCUUAUUUGUAAUGCAUCAGCAUCAGGUAUUCAUUUUGGUGCUGUUACAUGUGAAGCCUGUAAAGGUUUUUUUCGUCGAUCAAUAAAAGAAAAUGCUCCUGAACGGUAUCAUUGUACUGAAAAUAAUAAUUGUGAAAUCAGUACAGCAUCAAAAAUAACUUGUAGAGCAUGUAGAUUUCGAAAAUGUAUUGAAGCUGGAAUGUCUAUGAAUGCGUCUCGUAUAGGUCGACAAUCAAAUCUUUUUAAAGAAAGUAGUAUUCGACAAUUACAACAUAAAUCAACAUCAUUGGCCACUGUAAUAGAUUCAGCUCGUAUUGCAUCAAUGGCUAAAAGACGAAAAAUAUUUGCAUCAAACGAUGAAAUUGAUAUUGAACUUUCACCAACAAUAAAAGCAUUUAUUGAAAAUAUUUAUAAUGCUUAUCUUGAUCUACCACAGUGUAUUCCAUAUGAAACAGUUUGGUCGACAAUGGCAUCACAAAUGAUUAUUUAUGCUCGAGCAGUUAUGAAUUUCUGUCAAAGCACAAUACCGGAUUUUACAAAUAUGCCUGACAAAUAUGAAAUCAUUUCAUCAUCUAUCAAUUCUGUUAUUAUGGUAACAUUAUUACUUGGUAAAACAUUGAUGAAAUCUUCAUAUGAAAUUAUACAAUCAACAUGGAAUUAUUGGCAAGCUGAAUCAACAUUAUCAAUGGAAUUAAAUACACAUGUUCCACAAUUCAUACAAACGGAAGAUUUAUUUCGAUCAUUUGAAUCAAAAUUACGGGAUCUUCAUUUCGAUGAAAAAGAACUUUCUCUUCUUCUAUUAAUGAUUAUUACUCGAAACAACUUGAAUGUAAUCAAUGAAACUAAUAAAUCAUGGCCAAAAUAUCAAUAUGAAUGUCUUCAAGCAUUUUGUGAAUAUACUCAAGCUCGUCGAUCGAAUAUCAAUCGAGAAUUUUCUAUUGAAGUUUAUGAUGUUAUGUUUUUGGUAUCUCAGCUUCGUUCAUUAAAUCACCAUGUAACACAAUGUUUUAUGAAUCUUCCAUGGGUAUAUGUAGGAAAUUUACCUUCAUUUUUUUAUCGAAUUUUUCUGCCAAGUAGAACAAAUAUGACAUCAAUAUUAAAUAGUAAUUAUGAUUCAUUAUCUUUGUCACCUGUGAAUUCAUCAUUAAAUAGUACUAAUCAUUAUGAUAUCGAAUUAUUUAGUGAUCAUUUAAAUAGUAAUUCAAUUGAUAUAAAUAUAUGUUAUAAUGUACGUUGA